UAAUUCCAAAGCCGCCACUGUGAUAUCUUCCUGAGUAGGAGUGAAGAGCGGGGAGAUUCGGUAGAUGCCCGUCAGCUGACGAGGAUGCUUCGAAGAUGUCUUCUAGUUAGCAGCGAACGAGGACGACGACGACGAAGACGAGGAGAAAAGUAGGCGUCCGGAGGGUUGUUCGGGCCCUACGGUGGUGAGAGACGAUCAAAGAUUCAAGGAUGUUCUGCGCGGAGGGCAGCUCGUCAUCGAAGGGCAGUUUCCUGCAGCAGAAAAAGGCCGCGCGCGAGGAUCGAGCCCACGAGAAGCGUAGGGAGGCCGCGGCGACUCUGAUCCAGGCCCACGUUCGAGGUUGGCUGGCACGCGUCCGAUUCACCAAACGGAUUCUAGAAGAAUUUGAUAAUCAUUUUCUUGAUGAUGCCAGUGCUGACAGCACAACAGUGGAGUUAAUACCUGCUCUUGAAGUGUACAGAAUUAUUUCUAGAUUUUUGCUAAUUUAUAAGAAAGAAAGGGAUCAAGAGAGAAUAGAUAGAGUAUGUAGAUACCUUGUGUUGACGCUCGAUUCCGAAUCUCUAAAGAUAUCCUACGUCGGAGUAGCAUUCAACAAAGAUCACUACAUAUCAUGGAUAUCUCAAAUGAAGACAGUUCUAUACCACUGCCUAUCUGGCUUGGACAGUCUGAAGCCGGAGAGAGUGUCAGAUCACAAAUCUAUCUUGCUGCGACUGCAUACUCUGGUGAGUUUCACAUCACCAGGAACGUGGGCGAUACAGAAGGUGAAGGGCAUGGAGCAGUUGAAGACCGGCAUGAGUCAGCUGUGUGCAAACAUAAUGGGACAUUUAGUUAACAAUGGAUUUUAUGGCACUAUGCAGGCUUUGUUAAUGAAGGGACUGGGUAGAGCAAAAAUCGCCCUGAAACCAGUUACGCUUUCAGCAGCAGUCACUUUGACACUGAGACCACUAAUCUCUUCGCAGAUGUCUGACAAACUGGUGUCCCUGUUUCUAAUUAACAUCUUCAGCGUGCCAGCUCUGGUCUAUCACUUGAAUGUUUUAUCACCAGAGUGCAUUUCAUCGUUUAUAGCAAACAAUCUGUUUGCGAGAAGUUUAGAAUUGCUAAAUUCCGAACAGAAUUUAAGGAGUUUUAACGCUCUAGAAGGUAGUUAUGCGCUUUGUUUACUCGCUAAUUUGAUACAGUUGGCGAACAUCGAAAGGGAAGAGGUACUGAGAGAGCUCUGCUUUCCUUCUUUUACGUUUGUUGUGACGAGGAUGUUGGAAGCGUGUCAACAAUACGUAGUCGCGAAACGAAGUAAUUUGACACACUGGCAUCCUGUAUUAGGCUGGUUUGCACAGACGAUCGAUACCUCGUUGCAGGACGCGACUCCUUCAGUAAAAUUACAACUGGCCUGUCUCUGGACCGGCAGGAUCGUUACACAUUUAAUCGAACAGCCACUGACUGAAUUCGUCGAGAAAGAGGUGCCGCCUCCGGUAGAGCAGCAAAGUACCUCUUCCCUGGGCGCAAAUAUCUUUCGACGUGCAUUCCUGGAGGCUCGUACCAACAGAAACAACAGUACUAAAAAUUAUAGGAAGCUAGGCAGUCCGGACGCCACUAAGAUAGCCUUGAUCUGUUCGUUGUAUCAAACUGCGUUGCACACGCUCACGCAAAUGAAAAUUGAAAUACUAACCGGACUCUGCUACCAAGGCAAAAUUCUCUACCACAUGUGGUUAUUGACUACAUUGGGACCGCACUGUGGACUCAAGGCAUUUCUAGACCUCCUGGCUGCCAAUACUAAGUGCACGGCGCCCGAAUUCCAGAUGUUGAUAUUGUUCGCCGAUUGUAUGACGCAUUACGUUACCAUUCUCGAUGACAUGGAGAUGUACGAGCAGCAAGAUCCCUUCAAGCUCACGGACUUUAUCACCAUGUCGUACUUUUUAAAUCAAUUCUUGUACAAAGCAGUUCUCACUAAUUUAUUCGACGUGAAAUCAGUGUCUAGCAAUCCCCUGUUCAUCUCGCUUUACAUUCUCCUGAUGGCGAUUUAUCGACGCGAUUGUCGUAGAACAUUCUGCCCGGAAGGUCACUGGUUAGCCAAGGAAGUGCGAGUGUCCGGUUUCUUGGCCGAUUUGGAAAAGGGUCGUCGCGGCGCGGCACUUUUGCUCUCAAAGAUGCCCCAUGUUAUCCCCCAUUCCGAGCGGGUUGUAUUAUUUCGCAAGCAUAUAGCCGAUGAGAAAGCGGUGAUGGGUUUGACCGAGAGUGCUUGUAACAGUCCACCGACCACGUUAAUUGUCGUACACAGAACACGUAUAGUAGAGGAUGGAUACAGACAAUUAGCCAUGUUGCCAUCGCAAGCGUUGAAAGGCGUGAUUAGGGUGCGUUUCGUGAACGAGCAAGGUCUGGCUGAGGCCGGCAUUGAUCAGGACGGUGUUUUCAAGGAGUUCCUGGAAGAGACAAUAAAGCGAGUGUUUGAUCCGUCCUUGAACUUGUUCAAAGCUACCAGCGAGAACCGACUUUAUCCAUCACCCACGUCUUUCAUGCAAGACAAUCACUUGCAACUCUUCGAGUUCGUUGGGCGGAUGCUUGGCAAAGCGGUUUACGAGGGCAUCGUCGUGGAUGUGCCUUUCGCGUCAUUUUUCGUCUCGCAAUUUUCCGGACAAACGGGCGGCGCGUUGUACAGCUGGCUCGACGAGCUCGCCUCGUUGGAUCGCGAUCUCUACCGCAGUCUGACCUUGGUGAAGCAUUACAAGGGCGAUAUCCGGCAGCUAGAGUUGACGUUCUCGCUCGAUGAGGACGUGCUCGGCAAACUGGUCACGCACGAGUUGAUCCCUGGCGGACGCACCACCGCCGUGACUAAUCAGAACAAGAUUCAGUACAUCCAUCACAUGGCGCAUUACAGAAUGUAUCAUCAGAUCAAGGAGCAAACGACCGCCUUCAUCAAAGGAUUCCGCUCGAUCAUUAAUCCCGAGUGGCUGUCGUUGUUCUCGACGCCCGAGUUACAGAGAUUAAUUUCGGGGGAUAAUGUUCCUUUGGAUCUGCGAGAUUUACGAAAACAUACGCAAUAUUACGGCGGAUUUCACGACAGUCAUCGAGUGGUAUGCUGGCUGUGGGACAUCCUGGAGAAGGAUUUUACAGAAGAAGAAAGAGGCUUGUUUUUAAAGUUCGUGACGAGUUGCUCAAAGUCACCUUUGCUGGGUUUCGCCCAUUUAGAGCCACCUUUCUCCAUACGAUGCGUGGAAGUCUGUGACGAUGAGGAUACCGGCGACACAAUUGGCAGCGUGAUCAGAGGUUUCUUCACGAUUCGUAAGAAGGACCCACAGAACCGAUUACCCACCUCGUCCACGUGUUUCAACCUGCUCAAACUGCCAAAUUAUCAAAAAAAGAGCACACUACGAGAGAAACUGCGCUACGCCGUCACCAGCAACACCGGUUUCGAACUCUCCUAAAUCCUACCAGUUGUGUAACUUCAAUCUUGAGAUGUGAAAUAGUGACGAACGAAUUUAUCAAAAUAUGUGCGUAUUUUUGAAACGAGGUGAGUUUUGAUCGGACACGCAUGAGAUUUCACAAGGUCCGAAAAGUUGGCUGAUACGACUGAUACCUCAAAAAAAGCCGAUUCUGUAUAAAGUGAUGUCGAGUGGUGUCUAAACUGCUCCCUUAUCCCUAUUUAGUGCAUAAUUUACAGACCGAUUGAACGCGUGUCGUCGGUUUGAAUAUUGAUUUUCACGGACGAUGCUAAGUUUAAGAAAAAUCAUUAAAAUGCAUCGCAAUCCAAAGACGACAUUGCGUUGUUUGGAAAUAGAUACGGAUAGAAUUUUGUGAACGUGAGAAAAUGUACAAUAUAAGAAUAUACAUAAUAACGAGAGAUAACUAUUAAGCGCAUACGUAUACAUAUAUUUAAAUGAGUUUCUUGGUACGAUGAAAGCUAAGUAUUUUAGAAAAUAAUUUAAAAAUUUAUAGUCACGAUGUUCGUUUUCGCGGUACAUUUACAUAGGCACACAUUACCGAUGCGAAAUACACCGUACCUCAUGAGCUUAAUCAUCGCUGAGAUAAUCGUGCGCUUGUUAAUGGAUAGAAACGUUGAUCAUCAUUACAUUAAGAUCAGGAGUGACGGACAUUUUUAAAUUUAUUUUUAUAAGUUUCCACAUUAAGGAAAUUUAUCACGAAUUAUUCCACUGAUUAGUGGGUAUUUAAUUAAAUCUCAAAAAUUGAACCAGUAAGUAGAAAAAGAAAAGCUUAUCUACACACAAUUGUGAUUUCGAAAAUAUGUGAUACCUUUUAUAAAAUUAUAAAGCGCAUAUUAAAUUAUUAAUCAUUUAGUGUUACUUCUUAUUUCUAAUAGAGAUUUAUAGAAAGCUAUUCACAAAAUAAAAAAUUACUUUAUCUAAA